GUGUGGUACAGAGUUCAAUGCAAAUACCAUGUGGCCUCUCUUGAUCUUGGUCUUGUGAAAGAUUGAUACACUUCUGUCUGUCCUUCUGUCUGUUGUUAGCAAGGAGGGGCUGAGGAUCUGAAGUACCUCUGAAUACGUACCUCUCUGAAUAUGGCCAACUUCACACCUAUUGGCAACCCAGGAGGUAUGCCACCGCAAGGCUACCACCCACACAUGCCCCCCGGUGGGGGUCACUACCCACAAAUGAUGCCCCCACUUCCCCAAAUGGGAUACCAGAUGCCCCCCCAACAGAUGGGUGGUUAUCACCCACCCCCUAUGCCCAUGGGAGCCCCGCCCCCUGGAAUGCCGCUAAUGCAGCAACAGCCUCUAAUGAUGGCACCUGCCAGACUACCAAUGCCUGGUUACCAGCAACAGCUGCCCGCAGCACAAGUGGCCAAUCAGCCGCUCCUAGCUGCCCCACCCCCUGCACAAUACCAGCAACCGUUGCUAGGCCAAGUUCCUCCCCCACAACAACAACCACCACAGCAGUACAGUGCACAGCCGACUGUUGUACCUGCCAUGGUACAGCCUCAGCCUGUGACCACACCCACUUCUGCUCCACUGUUUGCGGCCGGAAAUGUGUCAACUCCAUCCGAGGAGGUCAAAGUGGAGGAGAAAAAGGAAAAGAAGAAGAAAAAGAAAACUAAGAAAGCGUGUCAAUGGAAGGAGCACAAAGCACCGGACGGUCGAAUGUACUACUACAACUCUGACAGCAAAGUGUCGUCAUGGAAGAAACCCGACGACCUCAAGAGUAAAUCAGAGCUUCUGUUGACCCAGUGUGCCUGGAAGGAACACAAGAGUGACUCGGGGAGGGCUUAUUUCUAUAACACUGCAACCAAGGAGUCGCGAUGGACCGUCCCCAAGGAACUGGACGAGCUAAAGGAGCAGAUAAAGAAGGAAGAAGAGAAUGGAGGGGAGAUGAGUUCUGGUGAGGAAACUUGCAGCUCUGAUGAUGAUGAACCAGCCGCCCAACCCUCCCCCGCCCACACUGUCACACAGUCACAGCCCAUGGGUGUCAGUGAGGGUAGUGGUGGGGGCGGUGAGAGCGUGGAAGAAAACAAGGAGCCUGAACGACCGCAGUAUGCUACAAGAGAGGAGGCCAAGCAAGCAUUUAAAGACCUACUGAGAGAGAAGAAUGUAAUGGCGUCCAUGAAUUGGGACCAAGCUAUGAAGCUGAUAGUUACAGACCCACGUUAUGGCGCACUCAAGAAGCUCAAUGAAAAGAAGCAAGUGUUCAACAUGUACAAGACACAGAAGCUCAAGGAAGAAAAGGAGGAGCUCCGUCAGGCGGCCAAGCGGAAGAGGGAGGAGCUUCGAGACGUGAUGGAGGAGCACGAGGAGGUACACUCGGAGGUACGAUGGCGUCGUGUGUGCGCCAUCUUCGAGGACCACCCAGUAUGGAAGUCAGUCCCGGCCGAGGAAAGAAAGGAUGUGUUUGAAGAUGUCAUCUUCUCACUCGCUAAGAAAGAGAAGGAACAAGAGAAGCAACAACGAGAGAGAAACUGCAGCGUCUUGUCCAAGAUACUCGACAAGAUCACUGACAUCACCUACAAAACUAGUUGGGCUGACGCUCAGGUGCUGCUGGCUGAGAACAAGACCUACAAGAGGGACGAUGAGUUGCAAGUGAUGGACAAAGAAGAUGUGUUGCUCACUUUUGAGGAGCACAUUCGCUCACUAGAGAAAGAAGAGGAAGUGAACAAACAGAGAGACAAGGACAGAGAGAGAAGGACCUUCAGAAAGAACAGGGACGGCUUCCAGGAUCUUCUAAACAGUCUCCACUCUGAGGGGAAAAUCACGUCUGUCUCUCUGUGGAAGGAGCUCUAUUCUGUGUUUUCUAAAGAGGAUUGCUACCAGUCCAUGUUGGGGCAACCAGGCUCCACCCCCUUGGACUUGUUCAAGUUCUUUGUUGAAGAUCUCCACUCAAGACUGCCAGACGACAAGAAAAUCAUCAAAGAAAUACUCAAGGAGGCCAGUUUUGAGGUUGAGGUGGACACUGCUUUCGUUGACUUUGAGAGGGUGGUAACAAAGGACGACAAGAGGGUGUCCUUCGACAAGGGCAACCUCAAGCUAGCCUUCGAGAGUUUGGUUGCCAAAGCUGAGGCUAGAGAGAAGGAGAGACAGAAAGCUGAAGAGAGAAAGCAACGAAAGAAAGAGUCCACUUUCAAGGCCAUGCUCAAAUCAGUCGACCCACCCCUGACGCACACAGAGAAGUGGGAGGAGGUUCGUGAACGGUUCACUGGUCACGAAUCCUUUGAUGUGGUCAGUGAGGAGUCAGAGAGAGUGCGGGUGUUUAAGGAAUACAUCAAGUCCAUCAAGCCACCAGAAUCAAGUGAAUUAAAGAAGAAGGAGGAAAGGUCAGAAAGAUCAGAGCGCAGUGAGACUAAAAAGGAGGAAAAGAGCGAGAGGUCAGAGCGCAGUGAGGCCAAAAAGAAGGAGGAGAAGAGCGAUAGGUCGGAGCGCAGUGAGACCAAAAAGAAAGAGGAGAAGAGUGAUAGGUCAGAGCGCAGUGAAACUAAAAAGAGAGAAGAGAAGUCAGAGAGGUCAGAUCGCAGUGAGGCCAAAAAGAAAGAGGAGAAGAGUGAGAGGUCAGAGCGUAAAGAGUCCGACCACAAACACAAACAUCACAGGUCACAUAAGAAAUCACGCAAACACAAGCGCUCUCAAUCAAGAUCCAAAUCCGUUAGCUCUGGUUCUGAGGAGGGGCAAAUAGUCACACCCUCCAAAGAUAAGUCCCACAAACAUCGGAGACAUCGUUCUCGUUCUUUGUCGCCCGGAGAGGCCUCAGGGUCGGAGUCUGAACGUGAGAGUAGACGUGGCAAGAAACACAAGAAGAAAUCAAAAAAGAGAAGACGCCAUUCGCCUCACUCGUCCGGUGAAUCAGAUGGUGAGAGAAAAAGUCGCAAGAGAAAGUACGACGAAGAGAGCUCCUCCGGUCAGUCCAAGAGACACAAGCAAGACAAGGAGGUGACUCGUGACUCCUCCAGUGUCAGCGAGGGAGAGGUCAAGUGAUAACAAAACAUUCAAACUGUCCUAAUACUAUACAUACACUGUACCUAUAGCUAGAAUGUAACCAUGACAAUUUGUUUUCUCUUCUUACUUAAUUGUACACCUUUAUGCAUGUAACUUCCUUAUACGAUGUUCAAUGUGGCUAUCUUGAAUGUGAAUAAAUUUAUAUGAUGGCCAUCGAUGAUUUUUGUUGUCAUGUGUUUAGCUAUAACUUGUUUGCGUACUUGAA